AUGCCGUUCGGCGGGGGGCCGCGGCUGUGCGCAGGUUCGGAGUUCGCGAAGCUGGAAAUGGCGGUUUUCAUCCACCAUCUGGUCCUCAACUACCGGUGGGAAUUGGCUGACGAGGACCAACCUUUUGCAUUCCCUUACCUCGAUUUCCCCAAGGGAUUACCGAUUACCGUCAAGCGCCGGGACAUGGGCACCUAA